GCCAAAUUGGGGGUGGAGGGCGUGGAAGGGAGGUGGAGAGCGGCAGGGCUGCCCGCACCCUGCGGUGACGAGGGUUCUCUCAGCCCCUUUGGGCGACAGAAACUUUGGAAUCGGAGAGGCUUCCCGAGACCGGGAGAGUCGGAGGGACUCGCCCCCGCCCUGCGCCUCCCACCCACGGCCUCCCCUGCUGCACACAGUAGCGCUGCCCGGGGCUUCUCUGCCCCGCCGUCCCCACCCCCUCCUGGGGAAAGCGAUCAGGAGACCGAGCGCGGAGCCCGGCGGGGGCCUCUCCGCGCCUCGAGUCACUGGGCGUCGGGGUGGGCGCGGUGGCCGGCGGAGGGGCCGAGCCUCCGGGAUCCUCGCCCCGCCACCAGGGGUGGUCAGGGGCGGCCUUCUGGGCAGUGGGGCCUGGGGCGGCGGGCGGGAAGCCGCGCCUGCUCCCUGCGCUGGAAACAUUUAAAAAGUUGUUGGAAAUGAAUAAUGGGGUCCUAGGAGCAGCUUUGUUUAACCCUCUCUCGUCCCUUCCUCCCAAACCCCGGGGGCAAGCGAGGGAGGGCUUCCCGCUGAGCUCCCAGCGCGGUGGUCAGGCUCCGACUCCACUGCGGAAUUCUCCGUUUAGUAACCUUUGGGAAGAGCGGCCGGGGCCGAGGGAGGGGCGCCGUGGGCUCCUGAAUUACGUGGCUCCCCCCGAGGUGUUCGGGGCGCGGGGGCUGGUCCGGCUCGCCCGCGGCGUGUCCGCGGCUCCCGCCGCUCCUCAGGACCGCGCGAGAAGCACUGCGGGCCGGGGUUUUUCUGGAACUUCGCUUCCACGGACGGCGGCUCCCGGCCGGCGGCGGCGCGCCCCAGGGCUGUGAAUGCAACUCGCCUCUCCGCCGCGCUCCCCGCCCGCCCGCCCGCCGGGACGCGGUAGGGGAUGCCCAGCUCCGCCGCGAUGGCAGUUGGCGCGCUGUCCAGUUCCCUUCUGGUCACCUGCUGCCUGAUGGUGGCUCUGUGCAGCCCGAGCCUCCCGCUGGAGAAGCUGGCCCAGGCGCCAGAGCAGCCCGGCCAGGAGAAGCGCGACCACGCGUCUCGGGACGGCCCGGGGCGGGUGAGCGAGCUCGGGCGCCCCGCAAGGGACGCGGGCGCCGGCGGCCGGGACUGGAAGAGCAAGGGCAGCCGCGCGCUCGCCGGCCGGGAGGCGUGGAGCAGGCAGAAGCAGGCCUGGGCUGCUCAGAGCGAGGGCGCCAAGGCCAGGGACCCGCCGGCCCCGCCCCGCGGGGACACCCCGCAGGGGGAGCCCCCGGCCGCCGCCGCCCAGGACGCGUCUGGGCCGGACUUCGCGCCGGCGACCGAACCUCCGGAGGAGUACGCGUACCCGGACUACCGCGGCAAGGGCUGCGUGGACGAGAGCGGCUUCGUGUACGCCAUCGGAGAGAAGUUCGCGCCGGGCCCGUCGGCCUGCCCGUGCCUGUGCACCGAGGAGGGGCCGCUGUGCGCGCAGCCCGAGUGCCCGCGGCUGCACCCGCGCUGCAUCCACGUCGACACCAGCCAGUGCUGCCCGCAGUGCAAGGAGAGGAAGAACUACUGCGAGUUCCGGGGCAAGACCUACCAGACUCUGGAGGAGUUCGUGGUGUCUCCAUGCGAGAGGUGCCGCUGCGAGGCCAACGGGGAGGUGCUGUGCACGGUGUCCGCGUGUCCCCAGACGGAGUGUGUGGACCCUGUGUACGAGCCCGAGCAGUGCUGCCCCAUCUGCAAAAAUGAAUCGCAGGGGUCCUCGGUUCUCAGGGAUGACUGUCCCAGAUGUGACGCCGAAACGUGCCGAGACCGGGCUUCUCUAAGUGUGGUCCCCGGCCAGCAGCGUCAGCGUCUCCUGGGAGCUCUUACCUGGCCAGUUCUCUGGCCUCAUCGCAAAGCAGCAGUUCCAGGGGCUGGUCAGCGGCCACGCCUCAGGAGCCUCCAGUGAUCUCCGAGGCCUGCUCCACGAGGUCCAAACUGCUUCGCAGAGACGGCUGUCAUCCCAGCUGGACGAGAAGUGAAAACGGACGAGUGCACCAUCUGCCACUGCACCUACG